AUGUACGGCGAACACGGGAAUAAGCUUGUGCAACAUGCCAAGCGCACUCAGGCUCUCACCCAUCUCCCUCCCUACCAAACCGAACUGGUCCGUUCCGUAGCCCGCGAAGUACGCGACCUCGACCGCGAUGUCGCACACCUCCUCGGGCCUUUCGAAGGCAGUUUCAAUCCGUCACAAGAACCAGCCGUCGCCUGUGCCCUUCUAGUGGAUCACCUCUGUAUGCGCCGCAACAAACGAUGUCUACUUGCCUACCACCGUGUUCGCGCCGAGAAGCUCGAGGAGCUAUGUUGGAAUGGCGUCGAUUUGCUCGAACAGCAGCUACCGACUGCAGACGAAGGGGCUGCAGGUGCGUCAGGCCAGGGGAGCGGGGGUUAUGCAGCGAUGGGCACUGCGAGUGGGAACCACAGUUCGUUGAGCCCGGAAGAAGAAGAGUACUUCCGGCAAUAUAGCGAUCUUCUGGCGGCGUAUAAGGGACAAUGGACGGAUAUUGAUCUUACGGGAAGCCUGGAGCCCCCGAAGGAUCUCUUCAUAGACGUGAGGGUCUUGAAGGAUGCGGGGGAGAUUCAGACCGAGUAUGGGGUGAUCAAUUUGACGAAAAACAGCCAACUCUACGUGCGGCAAGGGGAUGUGGAACGGCUAAUCGCGCAGGGGUUUUUGGAGCGUCUGAGUUGA